UGGAAAUGGCAGCGAGGGGAGAUCAGGUAAUUAACCUGAAGGACAAAGUAUGCUUGGUGACUGGGGCCAGCUCAGGGAUCGGCGCAGGCACCGCGUUACUCUUUGCCCGUUUGGGAGCCCGCUUGGCGCUGAAUGGACGGAACGAGGAGAAGCUGCAGGAGACGGCUCAGGGGUGUGAGCAGUUUUCGGGGAUGAAGCCUCUACUGGUACCUGGAGACCUGACGGAUGAAGAAAGUGUCCGGAAAAUAGUUGAGCAGACGGUGGCGCAUUUUGGUCGGCUCGAUGUGUUAGUGAACAGCGGCGGGAUCUUGGCCAUGGGAACCGUGGAAAACACCUCUCUGCAGGACUUUGACCGUGUGAUGAAUGUCAACGUCAGAUCCUUGUUUUAUCUCACACACUUGGCCGUGCCACAUCUCAUCCAGACCAAAGGAAACAUCGUCAAUGUAUCUAGUGUGAAUGGGCAGAGAUCGUUCCCCGGGGUCCUGGCAUACUGUAUGUCCAAAUCUGCAGUCGAUCAGCUUACCAGGUGUGCGGCUUUGGAACUGGCCCCCAAGCAGGUCCGGGUCAAUGCCGUUUGCCCCGGAGUGAUUAUUACCGAUGUACACAGACGAGCCGGACUGAAUGAAGAGCAAUAUUCAGAGUUCAUACAGCGCACUCAACACACACAUGCCUUGGGGCGUCCCGGCACCGUGGAUGAGGUUGCCCAGACGAUUGCCUUCCUGGCCUCUGAUGCUGCUUCCUUCAUCACAGGAGUCACCAUGCCUGUAGAUGGAGGCCGUCAUGCUAUGUGCCCACGUUAAGGACCAAGGACAAAACAAAGACCAAAAAAUCUGCCGUGGCUUUGUUGGGCUUCGGGAUAUAGAGAUUGGCAAGCUCGGUAUUACCAUUUACAAAUGACUCAACCCAACCCUAAAAUGUUGUUGAGGAACCUAAGUGUUGACUUGUCCAAGAGAUGAAGUAUUGAACAAUAAAGUCAAGUACCCCGACUGAUA